CCCUGGUGGUACCCAUGCAAAGCCAGAGAUGGUAGCUUGAACAUCUGAACUCCUAGGUCUGCUACAGUGAGAAUGGACAUAGAGACAGGAGAACUCUCAGAAGGUGUCGCUGGCUAGCUUGGCAUAUGCAGAGGGAACAGCAAGGAGAGACUGCCUCCAACAAAGUGGAGGGGAGAACUGACCUUCACACACGUGAUAACUUAUGUAUGUUGACUCAAAAAAAAAAAAGAACAAAGAACUUAAUAUCCAGUUCCCAUUACUAUGGCAAUGACAGCUGGGACAGCAACUACCUUUCCUAUGAGCAACCACACCAGGGAAAGAGUGACGGUGGCCAAGCUCACGCUGGAGAAUUUUUACAGCAACCUAAUCUUACAGCAUGAAGAGAGAGAAACCAGGCAGAAGAAAUUAGAAGUGGCCAUGGAAGAAGAAGGAUUGGCAGAUGAGGAGAAAAAGUUACGCCGAUCACAGCAUGCUCGCAAAGAAACAGAGUUCUUACGGCUCAAGAGGACCAGACUUGGCCUGGAUGACUUUGAGUCGCUGAAGGUUAUAGGGCGGGGAGCUUUCGGAGAGGUGCGGCUGGUGCAGAAGAAAGACACGGGCCACAUCUAUGCCAUGAAGAUCCUGAGGAAAGCGGACAUGCUUGAAAAAGAGCAGGUGGCUCAUAUCCGAGCAGAAAGAGACAUUUUGGUGGAAGCAGAUGGUGCCUGGGUGGUGAAGAUGUUCUACAGUUUUCAGGACAAGCGGAAUCUCUAUCUGAUCAUGGAAUUUCUUCCUGGAGGUGACAUGAUGACGUUGCUGAUGAAGAAGGACACCUUGGCGGAAGAGGAGACGCAGUUCUACAUCUCAGAGACAGUCCUGGCGAUCGACGCGAUCCACCAGCUGGGCUUCAUCCACCGGGACAUCAAGCCGGACAACCUCUUACUGGACGCCAAGGGACACGUAAAGUUAUCUGAUUUCGGUUUGUGCACGGGGUUAAAGAAAGCGCACAGGACUGAAUUCUACAGAAACCUCACGCACAACCCACCGAGUGACUUCUCCUUUCAGAACAUGAACUCGAAGCGGAAAGCGGAGACGUGGAAGAAAAACAGGAGGCAGCUGGCAUAUUCCACAGUCGGAACACCAGACUACAUUGCUCCGGAAGUCUUCAUGCAGACUGGCUACAACAAACUGUGUGACUGGUGGUCCUUGGGAGUGAUCAUGUACGAAAUGCUAAUAGGCUUCCCACCUUUCUGCUCUGAGACACCUCAGGAGACAUACCGGAAAGUUAUGAGCUGGAAGGAAACGCUGGCAUUUCCUCCAGAAGUGCCCGUCUCUGAGAAAGCCAAGGACUUGAUUCUCAGGUUUUGUACUGACUCUGAAAACAGGAUUGGGAACGGUGGUGUGGAAGAGAUCAAAGCUCACCCCUUCUUUGAGGGUGUGGACUGGGGGCACAUCAGGGAGAGGCCGGCAGCCAUCCCUAUAGAAAUCAAGAGCAUUGACGACACCUCAAACUUCGAUGACUUCCCUGAGUCUGACAUCUUACAGCCGGUGCCAAAUACCACAGAGCCCGACUACAAAUCCAAAGACUGGGUUUUCCUCAAUUACACCUAUAAAAGGUUUGAAGGGCUGACGCAGCGCGGCUCCAUCCCCAUGUACAUGAAAGCUGGGAAAUUAUGAAUGGCGGUCACAGUCACCCACAGCCAAGAACUCAGGUAGCUGCAGCUCCAGGGAGGCUUGGUGUCAGCAACCGGACAUUCCAGGAUGCUGGCACUCACCAGCCUGAGGAACUUCCACAGGGCCAGAUUCUGCGACUACUACAGGAAUCGCUCUGCUUUUCUUUUUUUUAAAUAUUUUAUUAUUUGUAUUAACUUUAUUGUGCAAAGGUACUGGAACAAGAGGAAUGGACAUUCCCUCCUAACUGCACCACGUAUGUGCAUGUUGAGUUCCAUUCUGCCCGAGUGCUGCGCUUCCAACUGCAUAGCGCCGCCAUGGCAGCCUGAGGUCACUCGCUCUUGGUGUCCCUGCUUCACUGCAAAGCUCAUGGGCCCUGAAUCAGUAAAAAAAAAAAAAAAAAAAGAAAGAAAAAGCCAUCUGUAGCUGCUGCUAGAACACUCGCCCUGUUGGUUUGGACGUUGUAGGCUCUACGUGAAGACAAAUUCUGUGACGGUCCUAAGGAAGUUAAGGAGAAGUACACCGACUUCAGCAUUAGAAUUUCCUGUCAGGCGCUCACACGGACCCUGGGAUAGGGAAGGUGAGCUUCUGCCAGGGUGAGGACAUGUCGCACCUUCACUCCAGCACCUUCCAAGGCUGACUUCGCUGAGAAGGAGUGACUGUUUUACACACACACAGAGACACACUGCUGUGUGUGAGCAAAUGUCAGUUACUUUUAUUGUGACACGAGGACUUCUUUUAUAAUGAGAGGACAGGCAUUAUUUUAACUGGGUGAUUGAUGGUGAGUUGAGUUUCGGGAAUGGCCCUGAAAGCUGCUUGUAGAACCUGGUGUAUUUUUAUUAAACUAUUUUUCUAGAUGUCA